AUGCAAGUGCUGGCACAGCAAAGAAAAGAAAAAACAAUCUCCUUGGAAGAUAAAGUAGAAAUAAUAAAGAGAUCAGAGAGUGGUGAAAAAUCAUCAUCCAUUUGCAAAGCAUAUGGUUAUGCUCCGUCAACAAUUUCAACAAUUUUAAAAGAUAAGAGUAGAAUAAUGGAGCAUGUAAAAUGCUACAUCCCAACCAAUGCUACAAUUAUUACCAAGCAACGCAGUGGUUUAAUCAUCAAGAUGGAAAGGAUGCUGACCAUUUGGAUAGAAGACCAAAAUCAGCAUAAUAUACCUAUCAGUCUUGCUUUAGUACAAGAAAAAGCUCGGAGCAUUUUCAAUGAUUUACAAAAUUGA